AUGCGUUUCUCGUGGAUCUCACUGUUACCCGCCGUAACGGCAGCCUCGGUCCCGUCCUUUGAGGGGCUGUUCGCUCGUCAACUGCCUAAUCAUGCGACGGGUGUGAAAACCAUUAAGACGGCGAAUAAUGUCACGAUUCGCUAUAAAGAGCCUGGUAAAGAGGGUGUCUGUGAGACUACCCCCGGUGUGAAUUCGUAUUCGGGUUAUGUUGAUCUUUCCCCGACGGAACAUACGUUCUUUUGGUUCUUUGAGGCUCGACAUGAUCCUGAGAACGCCCCUAUCACUUUGUGGCUGAAUGGUGGCCCUGGAAGUGAUUCUUUGAUUGGACUUUUCGAGGAAUUGGGUCCUUGUACCGUGAACAAGGAUAAUGAGACGGUUAUUAACAAGCAUUCUUGGAAUGAGGUUUCUAAUAUGCUGUUCUUGUCCCAGCCACUGGGUGUCGGUUUCUCAUACGCCGAGAAGGGUGCUGGGUCCUUGAACCCCAUCACGGGCUCCUUUGAAGAUGGUUCCGUGGCUGGCGUGGAUGGUCGCUAUCCUGUCAUCAAUGCCACUGCUAUCGAUACCACUGAGCUGGCUGCUAAAGCUACCUGGGAAGUCCUGCAGGGAUUCCUCAGUGGAUUGUCCAAGUUGGACUCGAAGAUCAAGUCAAAGAGCUUCAACCUCUGGACUGAGAGUUAUGGAGGACACUAUGGCCCUGCUUUCUUCAACCACUUCUACCGUGAGAACCAGAAGAUUGCCAACGGCACUCAGAAGGGCGUUCAGCUUGACUUCAACACUCUGGGUAUAAUCAACGGCAUCAUCGACGAGGGCAUUCAAGCUCCUCACUACCCCGAGUUUGCUGUGAACAACACGUAUGGCAUCAAGGCCGUCAACGACACCGUCUACAACUACAUGAAGUUCGCCAACGAGAUGCCCAACGGCUGCCAGGAUCAGGUUCUAACCUGCAAGCUGACCAACCGCACCUCCCUCUCCGACCACGCCCUCUGCACGGAAGCGACAAACAUGUGCCGUGACAACGUCGAGGGCCCCUACUACUCCUUCAGCGGCCGCGGUGUCUAUGACAUCCGGCAUCCACGCGACGACCCAACCCCAGAAUCCUACUACCAGAACUACCUCGCCAAAGACAGCGUUCUGAACGCUCUGGGAGUUGACCUGAACUACACGCAAUCCAACAACGAGAUCUACUUCGCCUUCCAGCAAACCGGCGACUUCGUCUGGCCGAACUUCCUCGAAGAUCUAGAAGAUAUUCUCGCGCGCCCUGUACGCGUAGCUCUCAUCUACGGAGACGCAGAUUAUAUCUGUAACUGGUUCGGUGGCGAGGCUGUCUCCCUCGCGACAAAGUAUAAGCACAGCAAGCAGUUCCGCAAGGCGGGCUACGCGCCCUUCCUUGUUGACGGUGUUGAAUACGGCGAGACGAGGGAGUAUGGCAACUUCAGCUUCACGCGCGUUUAUGAGGCGGGUCAUGAGGUGCCGUAUUAUCAGCCUGAAGCAUCGUUGCAGUUGUUCAAUCGGACUGUGUUUGGUUGGGAGCUGCCGGAGGGGAAGAAGAAGUUGACGGCUGAUUUCGGGUCCGAGGGACCUAGUGAGGCGACUCACACGCAGUCUUCUGUGCCUUUGCCAUCGGCGACGAAGGUUUGA